AUGUCCGAAACAAAUCAAGAGCUGACGCUGCGGUACAAUGAGCGGACGCAAUCCGCACUUUUAGCCUUAUCCACUCAACUCGCAUCGCUGAAAGAUGAGACGCCUACACAGGAGACGAUAGAAAAACUCGCAUCUGAGAUCUCGAAGUUACGGAGGGAUCUCACUGAUGCGAUAUCCUUCCUUCCGGCGUACGACCAGCGGCAGUAUGAUCUACAACUGAAGAAAGUCGAAGAUGGGAUUGAAGGGCUCCGUGCAUCCAUCGCGCCGAAGACCAAGUUUGCGUUCAAGCGGAAAGCGGCCAAACCAGCCUCUUCAAGUCCCGCUCCUCCGCUGUCGUCCCAGCCAUCUCCAUCGCCAACACCAGCGUCGGCAACAGCAUCUUCUUCCGGACUGUCUAUAUCGGGCCACUCGCACAGAUACCUCGCGCUCUCCUCCCUGUCUUCACCCUGGGGUUCUCCAUGCGACCUUUCAAUCACGGAUCUCGACUCCUGCAUCGUCAACCUCCUUUCAGGCUCCGCCGCCAACGUCGGCGCGCCUGAAUCUUCCCAGUUCACCGCGCUGCAUGUGCGCAACCUGUCGAACACCGUGCUCGUCUUGCCGGUUGUUUCGGGGAGCGCACUCUUGCACGACCUCAAGAACUGUGUGAUCGUGCUCGGGAGCCGGCAGUUCCGGAUGCACGCCUCCUCGGCCGUCGAUGUGUACAUAUCGAUUGGCUCGAACCCCAUCAUCGAACACUGCUCGCACGCCCCGAGCAACUACCUUGCUGUGCAAGACUUCUCUCACAUCCGCGCCACGCCAUCGCCGAAUUGGACCGUACUUCCAGAGGAUGCAAUGACGCAAGACUGGCCGUUGUCCGAGGUGGGGGUGGAUGGGGCUUUGCUUCAGCUCCUACCUGCCAAGUAG